ACACGGAGAGUUGCAGUACAUUCGGAACUAUUCACACUACCGUGUUUUCACACGGACACUAUUUUCGCCUGCAAACGGGGCACCAUGGCGAGACAUCUUCGCUUUGUGGCUCGGACUGUGAUGGUCCAAGACGGCAACGUCGAUGCGGCGUACAAACAGCUGAACAAGGUCCUGACCCAGGAUGGGAUCAUUGAGACGGUGAAGCGCAAGCGGUACUUCGAGAAGCCCUGCAGGGAGCGACAACGGAAGAGCUACGAGAACUGCAAGCGGAUCUACAACACUGAAAUGGCCAGGAAAAUCGCCUUCAUCUCCAGGACAAACAGAACUGAUCCCUGGCUUGGAAUGUGAUAAAAUGAUUAUUGAAGUUGGGAAGAAAUGAAGCUCAUUGUUAGUGUCAAAGUCGGGACUAUUUUUCAUCUUUAUCACCUCACAAAUGCUCCAUUUUAUGGGACCAACUCUGGUAUGAAACGCUUAAACUUGGCAACGUUGAUGUUUUGCCUCCUGCUCCUUUAACAAAGUACGAAAGGUUAUUUGUUGCAGUAAAUAUGACAUGUACGUUUCACUCAUCAAAGCUCAUAACGAUUGUGGGGAUCCUCACUGAAAUACAAAAUAUUGUCAAUGGAGCCAUCAUUGUGUCAUCAAAUGAUGUAUUACUGUAUAUUGUACAGUUAGUCAAAAACUUAAUUACUAUGGAUCAGUGGGCAAUACCAUCAGUUAACCACUAGAGGGUGCUCCGAAAAAGGACAUGCUUGCGUAGUUACCACCUCUUUUUAAAUUCUGUAGCAUAUUCUCCAUGACGUCAUCCGAACUUACUGAUUAAAUCCAUUUGUCUGUAUAUGUCUUAUAUGUGUUGAUUAGUGGCAGAUCCAGAAAAAAAGGACUUGGAGUAGCAACAAGGUCUCGGGUACAGGGUGGCGUGGGACGUCCUCAAUGCAGUAUGUGAAAAUCUCCUGUAUGAUAACAACAAAGGAGACAUGAAAAACACCAAUCCAGAGGAGCGUUGUUUUUCAAAAGGCAGUUUUGGGUCCCUGUAGAACUUAAUACAGUCAGGCUGUGUUAGAAGAUAUAUCACGCACUAGGACCAAGCGGAAAGCGGCCGCUCAAGCUGCACCCCUUUUCCCAUGAACUCAACGAUUGGCUCAGCCGUUUCCUUUGGCUAAUGUGUGAUUGGCCGUACCCGCUGUCACUCCAUGAGACGCUGGACUUGCAUUAUGGUGUUUGUUUGUUGACCGGAGUCCGUGUUGUUCUUCCACUUUAAAUUGUUAACAUGUAAGGUGUUUCUUGCCCUGCGCCAUGUCAGCUGGACGGAUGUUUAAUAUUCAGGUUAAAUUUUAAUUUUAGUCUGUCCCUGUGUGCCCGUGCUAAUUCCAGCCAGUUGUGUCCCACCACCUGUGAAAUCAAAUGUUGUCCAUGCCAAGUGGAAAAUUCUGAUGUUUUUUCCCCCGAAACUUCUACUAAUUAACCUACAAUGUGUGAUAUUGGAAGGGGAUGGAUUGCACUACUUCAUUUAUCGAAACCAACAAUUUAAAUAAAAUGCUUAUCAAUCGGCUGCCAUAGUACUAGAUGGCGGCAAAAAGUUGUACUUAGCCAUACUUGUGGGCUACACUGCAGACUUCUGUAUCGAUCCGAUACUAAACCAAUAAAGGGAACGGCU